GAAGGUAGAAGGAUAAGUUCGUAAAAAUGUGUGAUGGAAAGUUCGCAUUACUCAUUGAGUGUGGAACACAAAAAACUCAAAAAGUUCCGUUGAGUGCCGUGCCAAAAUAUGACGAAGUAAAGCACUCUACGCUACAAACAUACAAAUUUAAUAAUAAAGAAAAUGAAGUAUCAUAUGGUACAAUAAGUUUCAUUGCCAAUACUGUAGAAGAAGUCGACCAAGUUUUAGAGGCAGGCAGACUCAGGAAGCCACCAAAAAGGUUCUUCGAGCCAGCUCUAGAAACUACAGACACGGAAGUUGAAAUUCAAACCAGGAGAAAGCCUGUUCAACAUCCGAAGCGUAAGGUCGAAGACAUUUUAAAUUCCAGAUUAUCGAACUUAAAGAAACAGCAGUCUGAAAAAAGACAGCAUGUGACACCUCAGAUACAUAAGACGUCGGCUUUUCAGAUGGAAUUACAGGAGGUGACAUGAACCACCUCAAUAUUA